AAUAAAGAAAGGGAAGAAAAGAGAGUAAGCAAAGACAAAGGUUCUCAAAACUCCAUAAUUAUUAUUCAAAUUCUUUCAAAACGGGUCCAACAAGUGGAGUUCCCCCUCUUAACAACCCAAAGAGAGGACCUCUCAAAUUUUCUACAAAGACAGUGUUUGGUGUGGAACAUAUAUUCAAGCCAAGAAAGGGAAAGAGAAAGAGAAAGAGAAAGAUCAAGAAAGAGAACUCAUCUUUCUUUGUGAACAGCCAAAAAUCUCAAUCGUAAGAGGAGGCAUGAAUAGAGGUGUUCUUCAGAGCUCACCAGUGCAACAAAUGAUGACUGGAAACCCUAACUUGUGGAACAUCAAUAUCAAUAACAUGCCUCCACAAGCUCCUCCUUUCUUGUCCACUCCUUCCAACUUUCCUAUCCCUUAUGCCCCCACUUCUUCUUCUUUUCCCUUUCCUUGGCAUGAGAAUCAAGAACUUCCUGAGUCAUGGAGCCAACUACUCAUGAGUGGUAUGGUGGAUGCAGAAGAUAAGGCUGUGAUGGGCCAGUUUCAUACUAAGAAGUUGGAGAACUGGGAGGAUCAAAUGCUAAUAAGUCAGGCUUCAAAUGCUUCUCUUAUUGAAGUGAAACAAGAAGACUCGGUUAACAGCUAUGUAUAUGGCCAUCGAAACGAGGAACUUCAGUCAUCAACGCCAUCUUGGUCUCCAAAAUCCUGUGUGACAAGUUACAGUAGCAACAUGUUGGAUUUCUCUAACAAUAAGACAGAUGCAAGACAUCCACCACCAGAUCGAUCUUAUGAGUGCAACAGCAGCGGAGCUGGUGGGGCUCUCAAGAAAGCUAGGGUUCAACCCUCUGCUACAACACAGUCUACAUUCAAGGUUAGGAAGGAGAAGUUAGGUGACAGAAUUACAGCCCUUCAUCAGCUCGUUUCCCCAUUUGGGAAGACUGACACGGCCUCUGUCUUGUUUGAAGCUAUUGCGUAUAUCGGAUUCCUUCAUAGUCAAAUUGAGGUCCUUAGCUCACCAUACUUGAGGGGUGGAUCAGGAAACACGGGGCAACAACAACAUUCUGUUCAAGGAGAGAAGAAUUGUAUAUUCCCUGAAGACCCUGGUCAGCUGCUGAAUGAAAACUGCUUGAAGAGAAAAGCAGCUGGAGAACCGGAUACUCAAGAAGAACCAGAGAAUAGCUUGAGGAGUAGAGGGUUGUGUCUGGUGCCAGUGUCAUGCACACUGCAAGUGGGGCGUGAAAAUGGAGCAGACUAUUGGGCUCCUCCCCUAGGAGGUGGCUUUCGUUAGGUCAAGUUCAUAAUUAGGGCAGCAUAUACAUAUAUAUACAUACAUGGUAGCAUGCAAAUUAAGAGGUAAAUUCAUGGAAAUGAUAUAACAUCAUGAGCAGUCAAUCUGUUAAAAACAUCUAAGGCUGAUUGCUCAUGAUGCUAUACUUCAUUCCUGAAUAAAAAUGUGUGCCAUAGCUAUCCCUGACAAGUAUUUGCUAGCCCUUGAAGACUUCAUAAUUCAUGGAAAUUAAUUAAGCCUAGUUUUCUUUAUUUUCAUUAUUAGCUUAAUUAAGAUGGUGGUACUAAUGCUCUAUAUUUUAUUGUAUAUGCAAUAUUUGUAUGAUUAAUCAUUUGAAUGCUACUUUUUUAGCAGCAUUAAUCGAUCAACUAAUGACCAUUAUGCUCACUUAUA